CGGUUCCGAGAGCCCCAGCCCCCAGCGCGUGUGGCAGACCUUGGGGACGCCAGGUCACCCUGCGGCCCCGGCCCUCCCGCCGCGCCUCAGGCAUAAUGGUUAUGAAAGCUCCUGUAGAAGAUGAUGAUUCAGGAUGGGAGCUCAGUAUACCAGAAAAAAUGGAAAAAAGCAAUACAAGCUGGGUGGACAUAACCCAAGAUUUUGAAGAAGCUUGUCGAGAAUUAAAGUUGGGAGAACUGCUUCAUGAUAAGCUAUUUGGUCUUUUUGAAGCCAUGUCUGCUAUUGAAAUGAUGGAUCCCAAGAUGGAUGCUGGCAUGAUUGGAAAUCAAGUUAAUCGAAAAGUUCUCAAUUUUGAACAAGCUAUCAAGGAUGGCACCAUUAAAAUUAAAGACCUAACUUUGCCUGAAUUGAUAGGGAUAAUGGAUACAUGUUUUUGCUGUUUGAUCACAUGGUUGGAAGGCCAUUCCUUGGCACAGACAGUAUUUACGUGCCUUUAUAUUCAUAAUCCAGACUUUAUAGAAGAUCCUGCCAUGAAAGCUUUUGCUCUGGGAAUCCUGAAAAUCUGUGACAUUGCAAGGGAAAAAGUAAAUAAAGCUGCCGUUUUUGAAGAGAACGAGAAUAUUCAAUGUUGGCAAGGAUGUGUGGAAGAUUUUCAGUCAAUGACUUAUGGAUUUAAAAUGGCUAACAGUGUGACAGAUCUUCGAGUUACAGGCAUGCUAAAAGAUGUUGAAGAUGACAUGCAAAGAAGAGUAAAGAGUACUCGAAGUCGACAAGGAGAAGAAAGAGACCCAGAAGUUGAACUAGAACAUCAGCAGUGUUUAGCAGUAUUCAGCAGAGUGAAAUUUACUCGUGUGUUACUGACAGUGCUUAUAGCCUUUACUAAGAAAGAGACCAGCGCUGUUGCAGAAGCUCAAAAAUUGAUGGUUCAAGCAGCAGAUCUUCUUUCUGCCAUUCAUAAUUCAUUGCAUCAUGGCAUCCAGGCCCAGAAUGAUACCACAAAAGGAGAUCAUCCAAUUAUGAUGGGUUUUGAGCCUCUUGUUAACCAGAGGCUACUUCCACCCACCUUCCCUCGAUAUGCAAAAAUAAUUAAAAGGGAAGAGAUGGUCAACUAUUUUGCAAGAUUAAUAGAUAGAAUAAAAACUGUCUGUGAGGUUGUCAAUUUAACAAAUUUACAUUGCAUCCUGGAUUUUUUCUGUGAAUUUAGUGAACAAUCACCUUGUGUUCUUUCGAGAUCUUUAUUACAAACCACUUUCCUGGUGGAUAACAAAAAGGUUUUUGGAACUCAUCUAAUGCAAGACAUGGUGAAAGAUGCCCUUCGGUCUUUUGUCAGUCCUCCGGUGCUUUCUCCCAAGUGCUGCCUAUAUAAUAAUCACCAGGCUAAGGACUGUAUUGACUCCUUUGUUACUCACUGUGUUCGGCCAUUCUGUAGUCUUAUUCAGAUCCACGGACAUAACAGGGCUCGACAGAGAGAUAAGCUCGGUCAUAUUCUUGAGGAAUUUGCUACCUUACAAGAUGAGGCAGAGAAGGUUGAUGCAGCACUUCACACUAUGCUGUUGAAACAAGAACCCCAAAGGCAACAUUUGGCCUGUUUAGGUACCUGGGUCCUUUACCACAACCUUCGAAUUAUGAUACAGUAUCUUCUAAGCGGCUUUGAAUUGGAACUCUACAGCAUGCACGAGUAUUACUACAUAUAUUGGUAUCUCUCUGAAUUCCUUUAUGCCUGGUUGAUGUCGACAUUGAGUCGUGCUGAUGGCUCUCAAAUGGCUGAGGAAAGGAUAAUGGAAGAGCAGCAGAAAGGCCGUAGCAGUAAAAAAACAAAGAAAAAGAAGAAAGUUCGCCCAUUGAGCCGAGAGAUCACAAUGAGCCAGGCAUAUCAGAACAUGUGUGCUGGAAUGUUUAAGACCAUGGUAGCGUUUGACAUGGAUGGCAAAGUACGAAAACCCAAGUUUGAGCUUGAUAGUGAACAAGUUCGAUAUGAACAUAGGUUUGCUCCCUUCAACAGUGUAAUGACACCACCACCGGUGCACUAUCUACAGUUCAAGGAAAUGUCUGACCUCAAUAAAUACAGCCCUCCUCCUCAGUCUCCAGAACUGUAUGUGGCAGCUAGUAAGCACUUUCAGCAGGCGAAAAUGAUAUUGGAAAAUAUCCCAAACCCAGACCAUGAGGUCACUAGAAUAUUAAAAGUUGCCAAACCCAACUUUGUGGUUAUGAAGUUAUUGGCAGGAGGACAUAAAAAGGAAUCUAAGGUUCCUCCCGAAUUUGAUUUCUCUGCCCACAAAUAUUUUCCUGUUGUGAAACUUGUUUGAGAGAGACUGAAAAACUAAUCAUAAAGGAGUGGAAUCUAAUAUCAGAUUCCUCUCAGAACAUACAUCCAUCAGUCUUACCACGUAACAUGAAGUGAAAUGGAUUUCUUGGAUAACAAGUCAUUAUAAGGAAUACUUUUAGUUUGAUAGCCUUAUAUGACAUGAAUGAAAACUGCUGUUUUAAAGUGGUUUAUUAUGUUCCAUGGAUGAAACUGGUCUUAUUGAAUGCAUUGAUGAACAUUAUAUGGUUUUAUUACAGAUUUAAUCAUAAAUCAUUUUUUAUGAAUGAUGGAGUGAAAAUAGUGUUUGUAAAGGUUAAUAAAUUUCUUGACAAAAAUGCACUGCUGGAGAUGAAAAAUGAGAACACUUUGUGAUACAUGUUAAGAACUGAAGGCAUUUGCUCUAACAUUUGAGUAGUUAAAAAAAAAUUUGAGUACUAAAAGUUUCAGAUCAAAGGAUUAACAUUUGUAUGGGGUUUUGGCAAAAAUACAUCUUAAUGGGGCCUUUGGGGGGCCUCUGAGCUAUAAAAGGAGGUUAGGUGGGUUAAAUGGGGGAGUGUGGUUUUAUGUCACAAUAUAAAUGAUAGCUAUCUAUAAGGAUACAGAUUUUUUUUAAAUUCUUUAACUUUUACUGUUGGCACUUUUUAAAAGAUUACAGAUUUCAUUUGCUAGAAACAUUUAAAAGACAGAAAUACAUAGAUUGUUAAUUUUAAGGUCUAGGUUUAAAUGUGGCAUGUUCCUUUUUGUUUACUUCUUCAUGUUCAUUUUAACCCAUGAAACAUUUUCAAAUGAGGGGGUCAGUCCCUGUGAAUAUGCUCUGGCUUUGAAAAGCUGACCAAAAUCUACCUGUUCCUUCAAGUGCCGUGCCCACAGCCAGAUGCCCCACCCUCCCUGUGCUCAUUCCUCUCCGUCUGCUCUGGUGUUCUCGCUCAUGCUGCCAUGGCAGCUGUCCAAGCCUCCUGGGGCCUUCCCUUUUGUCCCCCCGUAGUAUGCAGUACUAAUGAGCAGUAUGAGCUACAACAGGCCUUAAGUUGGCUUUUGUGGCUUGGUCUAAGACUAAGCCCAUUGUGGUCGAGUCGAUUCUGACUCAGUGAAAAUUAUACAUUUGGUCUGUGGUAAAAAGUAGUCAAGAAAUCAAACGACGUAUUGCACUGGGCCCAUCUGCUACAAAAGACCUCUUUAAAGUUUUUAAAAACCAAAGACAUCACUUUGAUUACUAAGGUGGUCUUUUCAGUUGCCUCAUGCAUGCAAGAGUUGGAUCGUGAAAAAGAAGACCGAAGAGGAGCUGAUGCACUCAAAUCAAAAUAUUGAAUAUACUGUGAAUGCCAGGAAGAACCAACAGAAGAAAUACAAACAGAAUGCUGCUUAGAAGCGAGAAUGGCGAUACUUCAGCUCAACUUACCUUGGACCACAUCAUCAAGAAAGACCAGUUGCUAGAAAAGGACGUCAUGUUUGGUAGAGAGGGUCAGUGAAAGGAGGGAAAACCUCAAUGAGAUAGGUUGACACAGUAGCUACCGAUGAUCAUGAA